UAAUAGUUAAGUAUGUAAAAGAAAUAACACUUACUCUUAUCACAAAUACAGCAAAAAUGAUUUUCAAAUAUCACAAAGUGUUUUGAAUCCACAAAUUAAACCAUCCAAAUACAAUGAAAUAGUACCGGAAUUCGCAUCUACCAUAUUAACACUCAAGAAUAGCUAGCUUCCAAAAUGAAGACCAAGUACGAUCCGCCAACUACCACCUUUCCCUACAAAAUAAAGAACAGACUGAACUUGCUUAGUAUACCUAGGAAGCAAGUUAUAGUAGAUAGCUCCGAGGGUAUGCCCGCCUUAAGUACGACUGGAGUGAGGAAGUCUGCUCUACGAGGACGAAUCUCGGACCGAGUCAACGACGCUGCAUUACCCUACAUACGACGGUUGAUGAUGCUAAAACGACAAUACAAAAAAGUAUUCCCACUUGAACGAUUGGAAAAGAUAGACCACUUGAUCGAACAGGGUAACAUCACUAUAUAUUCCAAGUUGGCGAAUUGCGUAAUCGAUCUCAAAAAGCAGGACACGAAGGACACUAAAAAGAAGAAGUCAUGGACUGAGAACGAUUGGAAGAAACAUAUGGACUACAUAGGCCAAAUCGCUGGUCCGAAGAGAGUCUUCCCACCACCGCCUGUUGAGCGAGGGCAGAAAGUGGCACUAGAAGAGCUCUUGUAUAGAAUAAACCAAAUAUCGUGGUUGCCGGAAUUCAAGUUGUACAAGAGAAUAUCGCAGGAAGAUUGGUAUAGGAAUCCUACUAAGGUUUCCCCAGCAGCUAUGAAAUACGUGAUAACAGACAACAUGAAGAAGUUGGCAGCACCUAAAAAGGAGUUCACAGACAUGUGAAUGGUUAAAACAUACGUGACAAGAGACAAUCACAAAAAAAAAAGUAAAUGUUAUAAUGAAUAUCGCAUUUAACUAACCUAAAAACGAAUGCCAAAAUGUAUUAGAAUCAAAAUGGCAUUAAAAUAUUUCGGAAGCUAGCUGAUCUCGAGAAAAGGCAAAUUUAUUUAAGGCAAACUAUUACACAUACCUUAAAAUUUCUAAUUACAAAUAAUCAUUAACACGCUAGUUUAAUCAACAGUCAAAAUUGCAAGACUUAAAAAUGCAAAUUUAACAUAUUAAAUUAUUGACAUAAAAUAAAACCAAUUGUAUAAUAAAUUAGUGGAAACCACAAAUUAGAAAGUUAUGUGGAAACAAAGGGGCCCGAUAUAAACAUGGAGUGCUUAAAUCACCAGUAUCAAACGACUUGUUAAAAUUACCUGCUUUGAAAUACUAUAGAGGCAUUAUCAAUAUCAUUAUU